AUGGAUAGCGCUAAAUGUACUGAUAUGACAGACUCCCAGAUCCAGGUCCUUAAUUUUCGACCUGUCUCCUUUAUUCCCCACGAUCCAGAGGUCUGGUUCGCGACACUGGAGACUCAGUUCGAGAUCCGUCGCAUAACGAACCAGCGGCUUAUGUUUGCCUAUGCCCUGGAAUCCUUACCUGGGGACCAUAUAGCGGCUGUUCGUGAGGUCGUCCUCAACCCCAACGCCCCAGAUGCCUACAAUCGUCUCAAGGAGGCGAUUCUGCAGCAUUUCCUCCCAUCGAAGGAGGAACGCUUGAGGACUCUUUUAGCACGUCACCCUAUGGGUGAUGCUAAACCGAGCCACCACCUCACGCGCCUGCAAUCACUAGCAGGACCGACAGCGGCUAACUCAGAUAUAGUCAAGGAGCUGUGGCUCGACUCACUACCAGCCCAUGUUCAGCCUACGAUCGCCGCCCUGCCAGAAGAUAUGCCGCUAAGCCAAGUUGCACUAGUGGCAGACAGAGUGAUUACACGAACCGGCCAUCGAGACAACUAUACUGUUGCGUCCACGUCACAUACCGGCGUGGGCCUCGAGGCCAAACAGGGUAAAGCUCAUAAGGAUCAGGGUUGCUGUAUACACAGCCGUCUGAGUUUUUCAGACCGUUCCAAAGUACCUGAACCCUACGUCCUGCGAGCACGAUCGCGAUCACGUAAGGCGGUAAGUACUCGCCCCCAGCGGGCAUCUUCCAAGCCACGCCAACGAGCGGCUUCGGAAGCGAGUACCGGUUGGUGCUGGUUCCAUCGGACUUUUAGGUCCGCCGCCCGCCAUUGUCGACCUCCAUGCUCAUACAAGGCGGGAAACUCCCAAGCCGGCGAGUAA